CUGGUCCCUCCAUCAGGAAGCCCGGAUAGACAGACUGGAUCAAUCUAACGUGAAGCAACCUACCGACCCUGCAUCACUUUUCAUCAUGUCCGAUAUUGCGUCCAUCGAAAGCUAUGAGGAGUGUCGUACCACAGCUGAUUGGCUGCGGUCCAACACACAGGUGCGGCCCACUGUGGGAAUUGUCUGCGGUUCAGGUUUGGGGGGUCUGGCUGAGAAGAUCAAGGACCCUCAGGUCUUCAAAUACUGCGACAUUCCCAACUUCCCCCGGAGCACAGUGCAUGGUCAUGCUGGCCAGCUGGUGUUUGGAACUCUUAAAGGGAAGCCGUGUGUCUGCAUGCAGGGCAGGUUCCACCUGUACGAGGGCCACCCCAUCCAGAAGAUCACGCUGCCCAUGCGUGUCUUCAAGCUGAUGGGCGUGGAGACGGUCAUCCUGACCAACGCGGCUGGAGGCCUCAACCAGGACUACAAAGUGGGAGACGUCAUGAUCCUCAAGGACCACAUCAACAUGCCUGGGUUCGCUGGAAUCACCCCGCUGGCUGGACCAAAUGAUGAGAGGUUUGGCGUCCGUUUCCCCUGCAUGUCUGAUGCCUACGACCGCGAGCUGCGUCAGUUGGCCCAUGAUGUGGCAUCAGAGCUGGGCUACGACAACUUCCUGCGGGAGGGGGUGUACUGCUUCCUGGGAGGUCCCUCCUUCGAAACCAUCGCUGAGUGCCGCAUGCUGCACAGUCUGGGCGCAGAUGCUGUUGGGAUGAGCACUGUGCACGAGGUUAUCGUCGCCCGCCACGCCGGGAUGCGUGUCUUCGCCCUGUCCUUAAUCAGCAACCGCUCGGUGAUGGACUACGACAGCCAGGAGAAGGCCAACCACGAGGAAGUGCUGGAAACGGGCAUGAUGAGGGCCGAGCAGCUGGAGAAGCUGGUGUCCACCAUGGUGACCCGGCUGGAGCCCAUCGACAACAAUGCCUUCUGAACAUGUGACUGACGCAGGCUCCAUCUCCGCCACACAGCACGCCCCCCCCCCCCUGCAUGGGUUUGCUACUUACUACAUAAAAUAAGUUUCUUUGCUUUGUUUCCACUGACUGUUACUUUAAGUCUAGUCUUAAAAAAUUCCUGGAAACUGGUCCAUUUUCUUUCUACACUCCUCUGUCAACAUCGUUUACAUUUUUUUUUUAAGUGUAUAGAUAUUUAAUUUGAAAUUUUCUGACAAAUGCCCUGCCGUGAUGUCUUAUUGUAUUCAGCUGACUGUUUCAGUGAAACAGUAUUGAUUGUAAAUUCUAAAGUAGUAGUUUUUAAAUUAAAUAUACAUAUUUAUUAUUCUUUUAGGUUCUUUUACAUUCCCAGAUAUCAGAUAACUAAUAUGAAUACAGAGAUAUUCACAUUAUUUAAUGUAGAACACAAGCACAUCACUCAAGUCUUAAUGAGAUUACGGCGGAAAUGUGGGAAUAAUAAUUUCAUAACGGUAUAAAAUGUUUACCGUUUAUAAAAUGUUAUGAAAUAUUUAUACUAAAUAUAUUUAACUGGUGUUUUUAUUUGCUUUGAUAAUAUAUUGACAGUUUAUGAACAGUUGGUGAAAAGGGAUUAUAACCUGCAUGGGACAGUUACCAGAGUCAAAAUCUCCUUCCAUGUCUAAUCACUGUUAGCAGACUGGGAUCUGUGCUUUCAGAAGUACUGUACUAAACACUAUGUAUGGAUCUACUUUUACAAUAAAAUGAUUCAACUUUAAA